AUGGCAGCCAAUCUAAAUCAUCCUAUACAGCAUCCGGUCGAUGUGGAUUUUGCAGUCGGUCAGGCAGCGCUCAAUACUGGGCGCCAGAUACUCAACCAAUUGAUCGAGAUUAGAGCCCAUCUGUUCAAUGCGGAGGCGCGGCGAAUCAACCGCGCAAUAUAUAUGAGCGGAUCACGGGAGGUUUGGAUACCCAUGCGACAUGUAGAUGGCUCUAGCCCAGGGGCUACAUUCCCACGCAACCACGAGGAGUUGCUAGCCAUGACUCCCCAGCAAAUGGGCACCGUCUCAGCACAUUAUGGAUUGACUCAUAUACCUUGGCUCAAUUAUGCGAGUGCGAAUAAUCCUACGUCGCGCAGACGAAAAAUUCUGGCAUUUCUUGGAUGCCUCGACCUUUGA